AUGCUACGCGCAGCCAAAAUCACACACCGCAACCUGCUUGGUGGGGUCCUGCGCGCCCCUCAGGCCUUCUUCGAGAGCACUCCCAUUGGGCGCUUACUCAAUCGCUUCAGCAAAGACGUGGACGCUAUUGACUCUCACAUUCCGGAAAAUAUUGACAUAUGGAUGCGCACUUUCUGGUACACUCUGAACGUGCUGCUCAUAUGCUGUGCCCUCACCCCAAUGUUCCUCAUAGUCAUAGCUCCGUUAACACUGUUCUAUUGGUGGGUUCAGAGAUUUUAUGUGGCCACGUCCCGGCAGCUAAAGCGUUUGGAGUCGGUCAGCCGCUCUCCCAUUUACUCCCAUUUCUCAGAGACCAUAACAGGCUGCAGUGUGAUCCGGGCGUACGGCAGACAGUCCGCCUUUGUGCACAUGAGCAACGUCAAAGUGGACGACAACCAAAAGAGUUACUUCCCGGGGAUCGUGUCCAACAGGUGGCUGGGGGUGAGGAUCGAGUUCAUUGGAAACUGCAUCGUGCUGUUUGCUGCUCUGUUCGCUGUCACAGGGAAAGAGAGUCUGAGCCCGGGACUAGUGGGUCUUUCUGUGUCCUAUGCCUUGCAGGUGACCAUGUCCCUGAACUGGAUGGUGCGCAUGACGUCUGACCUGGAGAACAACAUCGUGGCCGUGGAGAGAGUGAAGGAGUAUUCAGAGACGCAGACAGAGGCGCCGUGGGAGAUCCAAGACAAGAAGCCGCCUCCUGAUUGGCCGCUGCAGGGAAAUGUCCAGUUCAGAGACUACAGCGUGAGAUACAGAGAAGGACUGGACCUCGUGCUCAAGAACCUCAGCCUGAGCGUCCGAGGAGGCGAGAAGAUUGGAAUUGUGGGUCGCACUGGAGCAGGGAAGUCGUCCAUGACUCUGUGCCUGUUCCGUCUGUUGGAGGCAGCGGGAGGAGACAUCACCAUCGACGAUGUGAAGAUAUCGGAGAUCGGACUCCACGACCUGCGCUCCAAGCUCACCAUCAUCCCACAGGAGCCGGUGCUGUUCUCAGGGAGCCUCAGAAUGAACCUGGACCCGUUUGACACGUACAGCGACGAGGACGUGUGGACGGCUCUGGAACACGCUCAUCUGCACAAGUUUGUGAGCACCCAGCCGGCUCAGCUGAUGCUGGAGUGUGCUGAGGGCGGAGAGAACCUCAGUGUGGGCCAGAGGCAGCUGGUGUGUCUGGCUCGCGCUCUCCUCAGGAAAACCCGGAUCCUGAUCCUGGACGAGGCCACAGCCGCCAUCGACCUGGAGACGGACGACCUGAUCCAGUCCACCAUCCGCACCCAGUUUGAGGAGUGCACCGUGUUCACCAUCGCCCACCGCCUCAACACCAUCAUGGACUACACCAGAGUUCUGGUUUUGGAUAAGGGAAGAAUUGCAGAGUUCGACACUCCUACAAACCUCCUGUCGCAGAGAGGAAUCUUCUACGGCAUGGCUAAAGAUGCAGGGCUGGCUCAGUAG